AGAAGCAAUGUGGUUACAGGUCAAGGUAACAAAUUACUGUCAAUAUUAUAUUUCCUUUAGAUUCAUGAUUUAUUCAUAUGAUUAUUAUAUCAAAUAUAAUGUUACAAUAUGUUCAGAACAAAUUUGAAGUUUGUGGCUGGCUGCGAGAGCAUAAGUUGCAAGGCUUUGUGAUAAGUAGUAUGCAAAGGCUUUUUAGAGCAUGGAAAGCUCGAUUGCACACUGAUUACCUCCGUUAUUCUAUUGAUGAAGACAGAUUGUCUCAUCGACCUGAGGAUGUUCAGUUGGAGGACUGGAAAUACCUAGUAAAGUAUUUUGGAAGUGAGGAAUUCAAGGUUGUCAGUGAGAGAAACAAAAGAAAUAGGGCAAAGCAAAUAACUAAGCAUGCUUGUGGUACAAGGUCUUUUGCAGAAGUAGAAGAAUCUACGAGAGAUCCGGUUUCUGGAGAAAAGGACACACCAGAUAAAGUGUGGGAGAUCCAACAUACACAUAAGAAUGUUAACGGAGAACGGGUAUGGUUGGAUUCAAAAUCCCAACAAAUUCAUGUAACUCCCUAAAAUCACUGCCUUAUUAUCUUUCCAUCAUAUUACUUGCUACUUUCAUAUGUUUAUUAUGUCUUGGAGUAAAUGAUUAUGCAUAAAUGUAGG